UGAAGUUGAGUGUCGAGAUAGAAAGACUCUGUUUUUAUGAUAGUGUGUCGUUGUCGUAGUCGUUUGGAGUAGGAGGAGGAGGUUUGAAUUUUGAAUUUGUUACCAUUUUGGUUGUCGGCAUCUGAAGCUAACUAAAUCAGUAUCAGUAACCUAGUCCAUCGAGUGACAACGUUGAACGGCCUAGUGAUUUGGAUUAAGUGAGAAACAUACAAAAAUAAGUAACACUUUGUGUUCUUGUUGAAGACAAAAAAAGGACCAGCGAAACGAAAUCGAAAGUGGGACAAAUAUCAAACGAAAAAUAAAAAUAAAAAAAUAGUAUAGGACUUAAGAUACUCUCUUGUGGUACUCCAACGAAAUCAAUCGUGCGUGUAGAUUUGAUAUAAUUAUCUAGUGAGUUUUUUUUUCUGUCGACGUGCUAAAGCAGUUUUUGCUGUUUACAGCUCCAUAAAAACAUAAGAUUUGUGCAUUUUUUUUUUAAUAAAAAAAAAAAGAAGAAAAAUUUACAUAUAUCGAUUGUUGAUUGAAAAUAAAAGAAGAAAAAAAAUUACAAAAUUUCCAAUCUAGUGAUCUGGUAAUCUCUAGUAAGAAGAAAAAAGGAAAGUUGAAAAGAAAAUCCAAUAACUAGUGCGAGAAAAAUUAAUUAGUAGAAAUCAUCGUAAUUGUGAGCACGGAUUUCUAAUUUUUUAUUAUUGUUUUGCUGUACUACAUUUUUUUAUUAUUUUGCGCGACGCUCUGUGAAAAAGAAGAUUUUAUUAUUUCUUGUGAACUAAGUAACACAAAUUUUUUUAUCUUGUGGAUACCAGUUUUUGCUGAGAGUUGAAUUGUUCGCGAAGGAAUUUGGAUUGAAAAAAAAAAACAAUUCUAUAAAAAUGUUACCCCCACGGCUGAUAAAAUUGGCCUUAAUUGUGUGUAUAUUAGUUGUCCUGCUAUCACAUACCGACAGUGCACAAGCCAAACGAAGAAGAGCCCGUCGAACAACAACAACAGCACCAACUACAACUGGGUCAAGGACAAACACUAUAGCGGCCAAGAAGUCCGAAUCACCAUCAUCCUCCGCACAAGAUCGUAUUGACCAACAAACCGCACCAUCAUCAGUGCGCGGUCUUCGUGUGCGUUCCAAGUCAAAGGUACGUGGCGGAACUGCACUUGCAGCCGCCGGAGCAGCUUCAUCACUUGUUGCACUCAACUCACUAAAAAGUGGCAAAAGAUCAAAGAUCGAACUUACCACCGAUCCGGACAGCAAUGGCAAAAAGAUCGUUUGCUACUACACAAACUGGUCACAGUAUCGUGUUAAAAUUGGCAAGUUCGUUCCCGAAGAUAUUCCCAGCGAUUUAUGUACGCACAUUAUUUUUGCCUUUGGUUGGUUGAAAAAGGGUAAACUAAGUUCGUAUGAGAGCAACGAUGAGACAAAAGAUGGUGUUGCUGGACUUUACGACAGAAUGAUGACCCUUAAGAAGGCCAAUCCUAAAUUGAAGAUCCUUUUAGCUAUUGGAGGUUGGUCAUUCGGUACACAAAAGUUCAAGGAUAUGUCUGCCACAAGGUACACUCGACAAACAUUCAUUUACUCAGCAAUUCCAUUCUUAAGGAAGAGGAAUUUUGAUGGUCUCGACAUGGAUUGGGAAUACCCUAAAGGCGCUGAUGACAAAAAGAACUUUGUCCUUCUUCUGAAGGAACUUCGUGAAGCUUUUGAAGCUGAAGCUCAAGAAUUAAAGAAGGCCCGUUUAUUACUUACUGCUGCUGUACCUGUUGGUCCUGAUAACAUUCGAGCUGGAUAUGAUGUCCCUGCUGUGGCAAGCUAUCUUGAUUUCAUCAACUUGAUGGCUUACGAUUUCCAUGGAAAAUGGGAACGUGAAACCGGUCAUAAUGCCCCACUGUACUCACACUCCAGUGACUCUGAAUGGAGGAAGCAACUUUCUGUUGAUAAUGCCGCCAGUAUUUGGGUUAAAAUGGGUGCCCCUAAAGAAAAAAUGAUUAUUGGUAUGCCAACUUAUGGACGGUCCUUUACUCUGGCCAAUCCUAGCAAACAUGGUGUCAAUUCUCCAGCUUCAGGAGGUGGUAAGGAAGGUGUCUACACUAAAGAAGGUGGUUUCUUGGCUUAUUAUGAAAUUUGUGAAAUGUUGUUGAAUGGAGGUGUCUAUGUUUGGGAUGAAGAAAUGAAGGUGCCAUACAUGGUUCAUGGAGAUCAGUGGGUUGGUUUCGAUGAUGAACGUUCGAUUAGAAACAAAAUGAAUUGGGUCAAGACAAACGGUUAUGGUGGUGCUAUGGUCUGGACUGUUGAUAUGGAUGAUUUUAAGGGUGAUGUUUGUGGAGGAAAUGUUAAAUAUCCAUUGAUUGGAGCAAUGAGGGAAGAAUUGUUGGGAAUUUCAAGAGGCAAAGAAGCUAAGGAUGUUAAUUGGUCAGAAGUUGCUUCGCAAUUUGAAGAGGAAGAAGAAGAGGAAGAACUACCUGAACCAAUCAAAAUUGAUGUUUCCGAAGUCCUUCAGAAGGUCCGUAAACCAAAAAUCAAGGUUAAGUCAGGUCUGGCCACAAUCGAUAAGAAAUCCCGUCCAGCUCAAGUCUUCUGUUAUCUUACAAGUUGGUCAGCUAAACGUCCUGGUGCUGGAAAAUUCGAGCCCAAAGAUGUCGAUCCUAAGCUCUGUACUCAUGUUGUCUAUGCCUUUGCUACCCUUAAAGAUCACAUUCUCAGUGAAGCCCGUGAUGAUGAUCCAGAAGAAUAUGAAAAAGUUAUCGCUCUGCGUGAGGCUAAUCCAGACUUGCAAGUCCUUUUGGCUAUCGGUGGAUGGGCAUUUGGAUCAACACCAUUCAAAGAGUUGACCUCGAAUGUCUUCCGAAUGAAUCAAUUUGUCUAUGAAGCUAUCGAAUUCCUUCGGGAAUAUCAAUUUAACGGACUCGAUGUUGACUGGGAGUAUCCACGUGGUGCCGAUGAUAGAGCUGCUUAUGUCAAUCUUCUGAGAGAAUUGAGAGUAGCCUUUGAAGGUGAAGCCAAAUCUUCAGGACAGCCUAGACUUUUAUUGACAGCAGCUGUGCCAGCUUCAUUUGAAGCUAUUGCAGCUGGAUAUGAUGUUCCGGAAAUUUCGAAAUACCUUGAUUUUAUCAAUGUUAUGACAUAUGACUUCCAUGGACAAUGGGAACGUACUGUUGGUCACAAUUCACCGCUAUACCCUCUCGAGGCUGCCACUGGCUAUCAGAAGAAACUUACUGUUGAUUUCAGUGCUAGGGAAUGGGUUAAACAGGGUGCUCCAAAAGAGAAGCUUCUUAUUGGUAUGCCAACUUAUGGAAGAUCAUUUGAAUUGGUCAAUGAGACACAAUUUGAUAUUGGUUCGCCGGCUUCUGGUGGAGGAAAGCCUGGAAAAUUCACAAAUGAAUCUGGAUUCAUGAGCUAUUAUGAAGUUUGUGCGUUUAUGGCGGCAGAAAAUACGACUUUGGUGUGGGAUUCGGAGCAACAGGUUCCGUUUGCUUAUAGAGGCAACCAGUGGGUAGGAUUUGAUGAUGAAAGGUCACUUAAGACAAAGAUGGAAUGGCUUAAGGAACAAGGAUUUGGUGGAAUUAUGGUUUGGUCAGUGGAUAUGGAUGAUUUCUCGGGUCGUUGCGGAGGUGGCAAGUAUCCACUUUUGAAUGCCCUCAAGGAUGAGCUAAAUGACUACAAAGUGUAUUUGGAAUAUGAUGGACCCUAUGAGUCUUACAAUCCUCGAGGAGCUUACACUACCAAAGAUCCUCAUGAAGUAACUUGUGAAGAAGAAGAUGGUCACAUUAGCUACCACAAGGAUUUCCAAGAUUGUACACACUAUUACAUGUGUGAGGGUGAACGUAAACAUCAUAUGCCAUGUCCUGCCAAUUUAGUAUUUAAUCCUUCUGAGAAUGUUUGUGAUUGGCCGGAAAAUGUUGAAGGUUGUAAUACAGUGACACCGGCUCCAUGAAGAACUAAUUUAAUCCAAUAAUUAAUUUUAUUAAUAAUACCUUCCACACACCACCUUGAAACAAAUAUGAAAUAUAAAACAAAACAAAAAAUACACAUCUAAGCUUAGAAAAUAAAAAAAAAAACAAACGAAAAAAAUAUUUAACAAAAAAUAAUAAGCAAUCAAGGAUGCUGCCUUUUGUCCUGCCCAUUUUUUAAGGUUUUCUAUUUUUGUUGAACAAAUAAAUAGGAAGACAUUUUAAAAAUAAAA